AGUUAUAAUUUGUUUUUGCCUCUUCAUGCGUGUGUUUUUUUCAACGAAGUAGGUUUUUUCGGUUUUUUUCAGUAAGUUUGUGCGUUGGUAGCAACGAGGUGGUUGGUAGCGUGUUGGCUCGUGUUGGCUGAUCGGUCAGAUCGGUUUAGCUGGUUUUGCCGUUUCACUAGUUUCUCGCCACGCCGGACUUUUGGGAACGCUCUCGGUUCCAUUCGAUCGUGUGUCGCGCGCGACUGUAUUCUAAAUUCUACGAGCACUGGAGGAGGAUGUCUGUAAGGUACUUACUGAGGGCCUUAACAAGAUAGUGCUGACCCAUCAAGUAUGGCAGAUGAUGUGGCUCCCUUGGACGUGACACCUGUGGAUGCUGGUGGUGUUUGUAGAGAAACCGAGAGUCCCUUGCCUGAGGAAGCGGGCACUAGCAAGUUGCCGGAUGCAUUGUCCAGGUCUCAGCAGUGGGAGCACCCCUUCUGGGACAUCCGGCGAUCGCGGGAAAGGAGUGUUGAGUCCCGGGAGAGGAGCGUUGACUCGCGGGAUUCGGCCACGAGAGAACGGGAUCUCCGGUAUGCAGAAGAACGGAUGCGGGAUCGUGAGCGAGGACGACGUGAAGUGGUGAUUCUGUAUCGUGGCCAAGACUCUGAAAGUGUCCACAGUGAUAGUACUGAAGAAGGGGAGAUCAAGAGCCCUCUGAAGGGCUCUAUGCUUUCAACUGUGGGUGCCAGCUUUGUGUCUCGGGUUGAAAAGACAAAGGCAGAGCUCGAGGACACAAUGGACUUGGCAUCAGAUGCCAGUUGUGCUGAAACUGAGCAGCCUGUGAAGGUGACUGCUGAAGAUCCACCGAAGCUUGCCAAGGGUUCCAAGAAGGCAUCGGCAUCCAGCCAUAAGGUGGCUACGAAGCACACUGAACUAGUCAAAGAAACUCAUCAUGCUUCAUGCACUGCUAGCAAGGGGACUGAAGUCACGGAUUCCAAAGUGUUAGAGUGCCAUCGCAACAGAUCUUCGAAAGACGCCGCGAAGGGCCCACCGAGAGAUCCAGACCACUCCAAGAAGCGGGAGUCCGACAGGAGGCGAGAACUUGACCAUGACCGCAAGAGAGAUGACAAGCAGGAGCCUGAGUACAGGAGGGAGUCUGACCACAACCGGAGGCGUGACGCAGACCAUGAUCGGCGGAGGGAAGACGACCACGACCGGCGGAGGGAAGAUGACCAUGACCGGCGAAGGGAAGACGACUACGAUCGGCGGAGGGAGGAUGACCACGAUCGGCGGAGGGAAGAUGACCAUGAUCGACAGAGGGCAGAAGACCACCAUCGUAGGCGUGACAGGGACCCUGACCGCGACAGGAGAGAGGACAUGGAGCGAGUCGAUGGAAGUACUCGGAGGUCUCGUCGGAGCCCUCCGGCAGAAGAGCCGGCACGAAAGAAAGAUGUGAUCACUAGCCGCACGGGCGGUGCCUACAUUCCACCAGCCCGGCUCCGCAUGAUGCAGGAACAGAUCACAGACAAAUCGAGUAUGGCCUACCAGCGCAUUGCCUGGGAAGCACUGAAGAAGAGCAUCAACGGUCUGGUGAACAAGGCCAACACAGGCAACAUAAAGAUCAUCAUAGAAGAGCUGCUGCACGAGAACAUUGUCCGCGGAAGAGGUGUCCUGUGUCGGACGAUUAUGACAGCGCAAGCUGCAUCUCCCACGUUUACGCACGUCUAUGCGGCGAUAAUUUCUGUCAUCAACACCAAGUUUCCGCAGACGGGGGAGAUGAUCCUCAAACGUCUAGUGAUCCAGUUCCGGCGGGCCUUCCAGCGUAACGACAAAAACAGCUGUAUGGCCUCUGUCCGGUUCAUUGCCCACCUGCUGAAUCAACAAGUGGCCCACGAGGUUUUGGCACUGGAACUUCUCACAUUGCUUUUGGGGAAUCCAACGGAUGACUCCGUAGAGGUGGCAAUAGCCUUCCUCAAGGAGUGUGGCAUGAAGCUGACUGAACUGACUCCAAAGGGAAUCCAUGCCAUCUUUGAGCGCCUUAGGAGCAUCCUGCACGAAGUUAAUCUGGAGAAACGAGUUCAGUACAUGAUUGAAGUGAUAUUCGCUAUCCGGAAAGACGGGUUCAGCGCCCAUCCCAGCGUACUGAAGGAGUUGGACCUGGUUAGCGAAGAAGAACAGUACACCCACCUGUUGGCCCUCGACGAUCCCAUGGACGGGGAGGAUGGGCUAAAUGUCUUCAAGUUUGACCCCGAGUACCUCGAGAAUGAGGAGAGGUACAAGGAAAUUUCAAGAGACAUUGUGCCAAGUGACGAAGAGGGUGAGGGCUCUGGGAGCGAGGGCUCUGAUGAGGAGGAGGACGACGAAGAAGUUCAAGAUGAAAAUGGUGAAAUAAUCGACAACACGGAGACAAACCUGGUUGCCCUACGGAGAACUAUCUACCUGACAAUCCAGUCAAGUCUAAAUUUUGAAGAGUGUGCUCACAAGCUGCUAAAGCUUGAGCUGAAACCUGGCCAGUUGGAUGAGUUAUGCCACAUGGUGCUUGACUGUUGUGCACAGCAGCGGACAUAUGAGAAGUUCUUUGGCCUUCUAGCUCAGCGCUUCUGCCAGUUGAAGAAGGAGUAUGCUGAACCAUUUGAGCAAAUUUUUUUGAGCUCGUACGACACCAUUCACCGUUUUGAGACAAACAAACUGCGCAACGUGGCCAAAUUUUUUGCUCACCUACUGUUCACAGAUGCAAUUCCGUGGAGUGUGCUGGGCCAUAUCAAGCUUACAGAAGACGACACCACCUCAUCAAGCCGCAUCUUUAUCAAGAUAUUAUUCCAAGAGCUGUGUGAAUACAUGAGCCUUCCCAAACUCAAUGAAAGAAUCAAGGAUCCUACACUGCAGGCUGCCUUUGAGGGCCUUUUUCCAAGGAACCUGCCCAAGAACACGCGCUUUGCAAUCAACUUUUUCACUUCAAUUGGUCUCGGGGGCCUAACGGCCGACCUGCGAGAGCACCUAAAGUCUGCACCGAAACUGGUCCCUCCCCCGGAGGCAGUGAUGGCCAUUGCUCCUGUAGAGCCUCCUUCACCACCCAGCAGCAGUAGCAGCAGUACCUCUAGCAGUAGCAGUAGUAGUAGCUCAAGCGACUCUAGCAGCGACUCCAGCAGCGAUUCCAGCAGCAGCAGUUCAGAGGAUGAGCCUCGUGCUAAGAAAAGUAAAAAAGGGAAAGACAAGAAAACUCAAUCCAGUGUUCACAAGCCCAAGAAGCCAAAGAAGGAUUCACAAACCAAAAGUGAAGUGACGAAGCAACCAAAAAGGCACAUGGACGACGUCGCAGGUUCGAAUGGCAAAAUUCGCCACUUGGAGUCUUCGCGAAAAAUCCAACGGGAAAUCGAAGACAAUGCAUUUCACAGCCGAGUCAAGGGAAUCUCUCAUGACGAGUCUACUCAAAGCAAGUCUCGGAGGCAGACACGCCAGAGAAGAGCCUCGCCCAGCAGAGAAAAGCAUUCCGACAAGGAGCGCAUGCGCUCUCUUAUCACUGAUCGUGGGCAGCACAAUGAGCGAGACCACGAACGACAUUCUAGGAAUGGGCGCGAGCGACGUAAUGAUUAUUAUUAGGCGUGUGUGCCAUCUAUAGCCUGUGCCAUGCAAGAACAGAUAAAUUCUCACCUCUCACUAAACUGCAGGGGCUCUGUGAAUGACGACGGCUGACAAUAAUUGGUAUUAUGAGAGGGAGCAAGUUUAAAAAAUAACAGCCCCUUCAACAAGUUUUUUUGAGGUUUAAUGUGAUGUAACAAUCAUGAACAUUGUUUUCGAAUAUCUCCUUGCGGCAUGUAUAGCAGUGUUGCACUCAAACAAAGUUGCAUUCGUUUCAGAACUCAUUAACUUGCCAGUCACAGCAUCCAUUUUUAAAUGAUUUUGAAAAUUGUGGAUGUAAACUAUGAAGUAACAGUCCAGUUGUGAUCUCUCCUUUUUGAAUUGAACUAACGUGCUGGGUUUCAUACAAUGAAAUAUCAGGGUGCCUUGUGUAUGCAGGAUGUGGAUUUCGUGUAGUAGCUUAAUUAGUUAUGUAAGUUGUCAUGUGUUUAAAGUUUUAUUGCCAUCACAGCAUUGUAUAACAAGAUUUCUUUAACAUAAUGUAAGCUUGUAAAUAGUAGCCCGAUCUGCCUACAGGUUUUGUCAUGUCCCUUUUUUCUUACUGUAAAUAUGAGUACCGUAAUUCUUUUUCAGCCAGUGAUAUUGAAUGAAGAACUGGAAAUGCAUCUUUUGUAUUUUGUACAUUAUCAGUACAUGUAUUAAAAAAGUGUUCUGGUGUGUUCACUA